GCAGUGUGGGAGGGUACGGUGACGGUUGGUGUUGUUUGAGAUAUACCUGCUAUUACCUACUGAAACAUCAGCGCACAGCGCCGUCGAUGGAGGCGCUGCCAGUCUGACCAGGAGAUGAGCGCGCCUCCGCCGGGCGGCGGCUGGCCGUCCGGCGCCCCGCCGCCGUCCGCGCCCAGUAUCGACUACUGGAAGCAGCUCCAGUACCGACAGCUGCAGCAGCAGCAGCUGCAGUACCACCAGCAGCAGGCGGCCUGGGCCGAACCUCGGGCCGCCGCCGCCGCCGUAUCCGCGGCGGCUGGUGACGGCAGCAACUAUGUGACGACGGUGAUGGUGGGCGGGCUGCCGACGCCCGGCUCGCCGCGCCGCUGCGAGUCCGUGCGCUCGGACGCGGCCGAGUCGUCGUGCAGCUCUCUGAGCCAGGAGAGCCUGUCGCCGCCGGCGCGGCUGGCCGGCGUGCACUCAGUGACGGCACCCGAGGGCUGGAAUCGCGUCACUAGUAACGGACUGGUGGUCUACGUCAGUCCGAGCGGAGUGAGCCUCACUUCCCGGGAGGAGGCGCGCCAGUACCUGCGCGCCGCCGGCACAUGCAAGUGUGGCCUCGAGUGCCCCAUCCUCGUGGAGAAGUCGUUCAACUUCGACCCGAAGGUGAUCACCAGGCCGCGGAGCGGCGCUGUCGGAGCGGUCCCCCCGGGCGGCGCCGUCAGUCCCAGUGAGACCACCAAGACGUGCAACCACCGCCGGAAACGGGCUGAGCUACAGCUGCGCCGCGCCACCGGAAAAGAUGUUCCUCCCACCUUCCAGGAGCAGCGAUGUAAUCCGCACAACAACCCCUUCUUCCGUGACCAGAUGCUUCAGGCGAUGGAGCAGAUGGGAUACCAUCAGCAGCAGCAGCAGCAGCAGCAGGCGUACCAGCAGUCCCAGCAGCUGUACCACCCCGGCCAGCAGUCGUACCAGCCGCAGUACCAGCCGAGUCCGGUGGCGACGCCCGCCGGGCCGCGGUGGCCGGCCGUGACCACGGGUCGGCUGCCGGCGCCGGCGGCUCCACCUCCCCACCUGCUGCGGGCGCACUGGGACGAGCUGAGGCGGCGGCGGGCGGCCGGCCGCGGCCGACGGCGCGCCUCGCCCUGUCCCAACGUGGAGGUGCGCCAGCUGCCGGGUGCCGGCGGCGACUCGCCUUCCUUCAUGGACGAUCCCAGCGGCUACCUGGCGCACCAGACCCAGCUGCUCAACGACACCAUGCAGGAGGGAUUAAGUCCGGUACCGGCCGAGGUGCCCAUCCCCAGCACAGUGCCCCUGCCGGCCCGCGUCGGCAAGCACGCGCCACCGGAGACUCCGGCGCCGGCUGAGUCCCCGGGGACGGCGCCCGACCGGGCCCCCGCGCCCGACUGCACGGCAGGGGACCCGUCGCCCGCCGCCGCCGACUCUGCCGAGCAGGGUACUCAGCCGACCGAGCAGCCUGCCGACAGCGCGGAGUCCCAGUCACCGGCCCCGGAGUCGGAUGCAGCCCCGCAGCCGGCCGAGUCAGCAGAGUCCAGUCGUUCCGAGUCGCUGUCGACUCCGGCUGAGUCGGAGGCUGAGCGGACUGGAGAGGCAGUCGUCAGCUCAGCCGGGGACACACAGACGCGGGCGGAGGCGGCGCCGGCCUCCACCAGUGCGCCCGGCCCGGUGGCGACUCAGGCGCAGCAGACGGUGGUGAGCGGGGACGCCGAGGUGCCGCUGAUGCAGUCGCUGCCGGCCGGGCAGAUCCUCUUACCCUCCGGACAGCUGAUCCUCACGCAGCCGUUCCAGCCGAUGCUGCAGUACGUGAACGCGUUCCAGAUGCAGCCUCCGCUGGUGGUGUCGGCCGGCGGGGCGCUGCUGCGGCCGCAGCAGGCCGAGCCGACCGACCAGACGCCGGCCGGCCGCAGGAGGCGGCGCCGCCAGACCGCCGGCGGGCCGGUCGCCCCGCAGCGCUCCCAGCAGCAGCAGCAGCAGGCCGGCGGACAGCUCCUGCAGGUGGUAUCUGUGUUGGGCGACCAGUGCCAGAGCUCGCUGUCCGCGCCGCCGCCGCCGCCGCCGCCGACAGCCGAACACCAGACGCGCAUGGCGGCCGACUCGAGCACCUCGGACCGCGGCUCGCCGGACGGCGGCGGCGGCGGCGGCGGGCCGGGCAGCUCACCGGGUCCGCGGGACGAACCCGUCAGCUCCACCGGCGAGCCAGCCGACGAGCCGCCGCGACCGGCAAAACGACCCAGGCAGACCGCCGAAGAUGACGAGUGUGAUCCGCCGUUCAGUUCCGGUGACCUGGUCUGGGGCUCUCACCACGGGCUCUGCUCCUGGCCGGGCCAGGUGAUCGAGCGCACCGACGUCCAGGCGUGCGAUCCGUCGCAGGUAUGGGUGCAGUGGUUCGGCGACCACACCAUGUCACUGGAGGCCGUCGACCAGCUAAGGAGGCUGCACGGCCAGGGCGCCGGCAAGCGCAACAAAUCUCCGGCGGGGAACAGCAGUUUCGAGGAGGCUCUCAAAGAGGCGCUGGCGGCGGUCGAGCGCCAGCGGAAGUAG